UCAUUUCGACCUCAUUCUCUGCUUCAGCAACAGUAGCCAUGUCUUCAUAACCAUCUGUCUCCUUCUCCGUAUCGUAGUCAUCCGCCAUCCGCCUGACAGUCCAAUAUUCUUCGGUGCAAUACCAAGGUUGCAGAUGCUUCAUGGAUGCCCCCGAGACAUAUCUCUUCCAGGUUCGAAUCGACGUCAUUCCAAUCGUCCCUUGCACCGGCGAUAAAUGACACAAACUUUGGAAGCUCAUUUGUCGCUUUGUCAGCUCAAAGGACAAUUACACGAAUGUUCAUAUCCCGUUCACCAUCACGGAAUGGAUUUAUGGAGAGGAAGAAAGCUCAGAAUUCGAAGAGCCGUGUCAUACUGCAGAUAACUCCGAAGUGUCUCGAAGAUAAGAAACAGGGGUGCAAGGAAUGAUAGAAGUGUAUCUAGAUAUCAACUUUAGAUCUAUAUUCCCAGGCCGGGGGAUUAAAGGCUCUGGGUGCUUUGAUAGCAGAUAUCAUUGGACUGUAUGGCGAUGGGAAACAGUUGUUCAUACUAGAUAUCUACGGUCGAGAACGGUCCAGCAUGCACGUUCGUUCACAAUGAUGAUUACCAUAGUUUGGCGUAUAGCGGAUGUUGGUCUCAGGGGCUAAACGGGAACACCUGUUUGAUAGAGCACGCCGUACUGUCUGGGGUUGGUAUCUGUCUGCAAGCGUUGGCUGUUGGUCGGUUCCGGAGCACAGUGAGACGGACUUAAUGAGCUAUCUUUCCGGUAUCCGAGACUUGUUUACGAUCCAACACACGAGGCCAAUGUUGUCAUCAGGGAAAUGCAGUCUGACAUACAUAUCUUACCCGCGAUUCCAAGGUUUCUUCGUUUUCAUGUUCUGGUGAUUGUCGCUACGUACAUGGCGGGGUUGAUUGGUGUUCUGCAGGUUCGCUAACCCUAAACAGACAUAUCCAGCCAGCGUAUCAACACAUCUGGUAGCCUUCGCGUAGCUCUUGUGGCACCAGUCGUGGAAAACAGACUAUAGCGCCGAAGGAUUUCGGGCUAUGGUUCUGGUUUUCGGUGUUACGUAGUCAACAUAUCGCAAUGCCCUCAAGUUCGUCAAGGAAUUUAAGUCGUUGCGCGUAGCGCACAUAUGUAAUUCUAGUUCAACUUUCAGCCUCUGAAUCUAAUGAAAGCAAUUGUUUGAGUUUACAAGUUUCCUGUUGCUCGCCAAUACACAGCACACACAGUCCACGAUGUCUACGCAACUUCCACUCUCAGGAAAGGUAGCGAUUGUCACGGGCUCCUCUCGAGGAAUAGGGGCAGGAAUUGCUUUACAUUUGGGUGAAAAGGGAGCUAAAGUAACCGUCGUAUACAGUUCCCCGAGAAGCGAAGCGGGCGCAAAGGAAGUCGCAUCUAAAAUUAAAGCUUCUGGAAGCCAGGCCAUCGUGGUACAAGCCGACCUUGGCAACGUCGACGCCCCUACCAAGAUCGUGUCAGAGACGAUAAAAGCUUUUGGCGAAAAGAUUGACAUUCUUGUGAAUAACGCUGGCGUACUCUUCUCCAAGUCUAUUCUAGAGACAACGGCCGAGGAUUACGAAGCAAUUUUCUCGGUCAACGUCCGGGCACCGUUGCUAACAACUAAAGCCGUAGUUCCUUACCUUCGGGCGCCAGGCAGAAUUAUCAAUAUAUCGUCAAUAGGCGCGAGGCAGGGACUGGAAAGCUUGGCCAUGUAUUCUGCUUCCAAAGCCGCGUUAGAAGGCAUGACGAGAGGGCUAGCCGCUGAAUUAGGAUCAUCAGGACACACAGUCACGGCUGUGGCGCCGGGUCCAGUCAAGAGCGACAUGUUAGAUGAUGUUCCGGCCGAAAUUGUGGAGUUGCAAUUGAAGACAACGCCUGUCGAGCACCGCCACGGUACGGUAGAUGAUAUAGUACAAGUGGUUGGAUGGUUGUCAGAAGAGAGGUCGCGUUGGAUUAGUGGCCAGACCAUAUCAGCAAGCGGCGGUUACCAGAUGCUUUGAGCUCGAUUUGUACCUUGGGAUGUAUUCGAACAUUAGAAGACGUGAAAGGCGAAGGUCACGUGACAGUAUCACGUGAUAGUAGAUCGGCUUCUACAUAGAUCGCAUCUUCUAGAAUGCUACUCUAUCACUGAAUUAAUCAAUGUACCCUUCGUCUCCGAUCUCUCAUUCCAGACAUUAUGGUAUAUGAACUCCUCCGGUAGCUGGUUGAAGUGUGAGGCUGCAAC